GAAGGGAGUGGUGUUUCUGUGGCCACAGUUUGGUUUUCUCAACACUUGUCCAAAUUCGGAUUAAAACUUUGAACUUUUAGUCAAUAGCUUUCUCUGUCUGUCUGGGAUUGUGACCUUGGGUCCCUGAGAGGCAGAGCUGGAGUUGUGGACAGUGGCCUCAAACCGGCCCGGGCUGCCAGGAUCCAGCCCCUAUUUUGAUUCGACCCCAUCGCCUCCCCGGACUUUGGAGGUGGAAAGAGGCCCAGAGUGAGUGACAGGGAGAGCGAUUAACGCAGAAUGGCCACGGGAACGCGCUAUGCCGGAAAGGUGGUCGUGGUGACCGGGGGCGGGCGCGGUAUCGGAGCCGGGAUCGUGCGAGCUUUUGUGGAAAGCGGGGCUCAAGUGGUUAUCUGUGACAAAGAUGAGUCGGGGGCCCGGGCCCUGGAGCAGGAGCUCCCUGGAGCUGUCUUUCUCCUCUGUGAUGUGACUCGGGAGGAAGAUGUGAGGACCCUCAUUUCUGAGACCAUCCACCGAUUUGGCCACCUGGAUUGUGUGGUCAACAACGCCGGCUACCAUCCACCUCCACAGUGGCCCGAGGAGACCUCCGCCCAAGGUUUCCGGCAGCUGCUGGAGCUGAACCUACUGGGGAUGUACACCUUGACCAAGCUCGCCCUCCCGCACCUGCGGAAGAGCAGGGGGAAUAUCAUCAACAUCUCCAGCCUAGUUGGGGCGAUUGGCCAGUUGCAGGCAGUUCCCUAUGUGGCCACCAAGGGGGCAGUAACAGCCAUGACCAAAGCUUUGGCCCUGGAUGAGAGUCAAUAUGGUGUCCGGGUCAACUGUAUCUCCCCAGGAAACAUCUGGACCCCGCUAUGGGAGGAGCUGGCGGCCUUAACACCCGACCCUGCGGCCACAGUGCGGGAGGGCGCGCUGGCCCAGCCUCUGGGCCGGAUGGGCCAGCCAUCUGACGUGGGGGCUGCAGCUGUGUUCCUGGCCUCCGAAGCCAACUUCUGCACGGGGAUUGAGCUGUUUGUGACUGGGGGUGCAGAGCUGGGGUACGGGUGCAAGGCCUGUCAGGGCGCCCCCACCAGCCCUUCCUGACUCUCCACAUUUCCACGGGCACCUCUGUGACUAGGACUCUUCAACCCCAAACUCAGUCUCCCACUUUGAGCUACCGUCUGCCCCUCAGGGACAGCCCCCAAUUCUAGACAUUAAUCCCACUUACCAAUGUGCCAAACCACCCCACAGAUUCUCAUAAAAGUUCUCUGCAGCCAGAA